UUCCGUGGCCACAGUCGCCACCGCCAUGAACCGCGAGAGCUUCGCGGCGGGCGAGCGGCUGGUGACGCCGGCUUACGUGCGGCAGGGCCGUGAGGCCCGCCGCUCACACGAGCACCUCAUACGGCUGCUUCUGGAGAAGGGCAAGUGUCCAGAAGAUGGUUGGGAUGAAAGUACACUUGAACUCUUUCUGCAUGAACUUGCAAUCAUGGAUAGCAACAAUUUCCUGGGCAAUUGUGGUGUGGGAGAAAGGGAAGGGAGAGUAGCAUCUGCACUAGUAGCUCGGCGACAUUACAGGUUCAUUCAUGGAAUUGGACGAUCGGGCGAUAUUUCUGCUGUGCAACCAAAAGCUGCAGGUUCUAGCCUUUUGAACAAAAUUACCAAUUCUUUGGUCCUGGACAUCAUAAAGUUGGCUGGUGUCCAUACAGUGACCAACUGCUUUGUGGUUCCUAUGGCAACUGGCAUGAGCCUGACCCUGUGUUUCUUAACAUUACGACACAAAAGACCAAAGGCAAAGUAUAUUAUAUGGCCACGAAUAGACCAGAAGUCCUGCUUUAAAUCCAUGAUCACUGCAGGUUUUGAGCCUGUGGUGAUAGAGAACGUUUUAGAAGGUGACGAGCUGCGCACAGACCUGAAAGCUGUGGAGGCUAAAGUCCAGGAACUUGGGCCUGAUUACAUUCUCUGUGUUCACUCUACUACGUCCUGUUUUGCUCCAAGGGUGCCUGAUAGAUUAGAGGAACUGGCUGUGAUUUGUGCUAAUUAUGACAUUCCACAUGUAGUCAACAAUGCUUAUGGAGUACAGUCUUCAAAGUGUAUGCAUCUCAUUCAACAGGGGGCUCGGGUUGGUAGAAUAGAUGCUUUCGUUCAGAGCUUGGACAAAAAUUUUAUGGUUCCAGUAGGUGGCGCUAUAAUUGCUGGCUUUAAUGAUUCCUUCAUUCAGGAAAUCAGCAAGAUGUAUCCAGGAAGAGCUUCAGCUUCGCCUUCUUUAGAUGUCCUUAUUACUUUGUUAUCACUUGGAUCAAAUGGCUACAAGAAGCUAUUGAAAGAAAGAAAGGAAAUGUUUUCGUAUUUAUCCAACCGACUAAAGAAGCUGUCAGAGGCCUACAAUGAAAGACUGUUGCAUACACCUCACAAUCCCAUAUCUUUAGCUGUGACACUUAAAACACUAGAUGAACACUGUGACAAAGCUGUCACUCAGCUUGGCUCAAUGCUUUUUACCAGACAGGUUUCUGGAGCCAGGGUUGUGCCUCUUGGGUCUGUGCAAACUGUGAGUGGCUACACUUUCAAAGGCUUUAUGUCACAUACAAAUAAUUACCCUUGUGCUUACCUCAAUGCUGCAUCAGCCAUCGGAAUGAAGACACAGGAUGUGGAUUUGUUCAUAAAGAGACUUGACAAGUGUUUAAAGACAGUAAGAAAAGAACAAAAUAAAGAGAGUGAUAUAUCUGGGGUUGACAAUUAUGACAAAACUGAAGAUGUGGAUAUUGAAGAAAUGGCUUUAAAACUAGAUAAUGUACUUCUUGACACAUACCAGGAUUCUUCUUGAUGACAAAUGAAGGAUUUCUUUUCGGAUAAAUUUUGAGAAAUGAUGAGGCUGCAGUAUAAGCUAGUAGCUUAAAGACAAGACUGGAGAUGUUUGAAUUGGGAAUUUCAUGGAGAAUAAUUGGUCAAGGGAUAGAGUUUGGUCUGAGCUAGCCAUUGACAGUUGUUACAUUUUUUGUUCUUAGAUUUCUUCAAUCAUUAUCAUUCUUAGCAGGUUAUGAUAUCCAAUUAGCAUUUUUCUAAUUGUUAAAUAUUUGCCAAUUAAGCAGUAUGAUCUAGCUAAUUCUUACUAAUGUAAUUACAACAAAAUUACAUAUUACCCCUAAUUCUUUUUGAGAUAUGUAGGCUGCUUCCUUCUAACCAUUCACUGUCAGUGACAAAUUACUUAUGUUUCUGACCACACAGAAUUCAGAAAGAUCUCUAAUGCUACUAGUUACUAGAUGUUUGUUGAUGUGUGUCAGUCACAGUAUGCCUGUAAAAUGGACAUUUUCCAGGAAAGCAGACUCAAGGCGUGAGCUUUAGUUUCACUUAAUAGCAAUGGUCCUCAAUUGGGGAUGAUUUGCUUAUAUGUAGGCAACGUCUGAAGAUCUUUUUGAUGGUGUCAACUAGUGGGACGCUACUGACGUCUAGUGCAUGAAGGCCAGGGGUGCUGUUCAACAUCCUAUAAUGGACAAGAGAGCUUCCCGAAACAAAGAUUUAUCCAGCCCCAAAUAUUAGUAGUGCUGAGGUUGAGAAACACUGCUCUAAAGUAAAUGAACUCGUCAAAUAAGGAGAAGUUUUCUAUAGCAACUUCAAUUAUUCAAUAGUAAUUCAAGGAAGAUAGCUCUGUAAAUGUUAUCAAACUACACAAUGUGUAGACCCUUACAUGAUAACCAAGGUUACCAGUUCUAAACGUGUAACUAUAGAUUAUUCAUAUAGCACACGUGCAUUUUUCCCUUUGGGAAAGUGAAAACGUUAGUCUGCUGUUUUUGCCUUAAGCAGCCUUUGCAUAUUGGUUGGUUGGUUCAGGUGUCGUGCCCAGCCAUCAUCAAGAGUGUUAACUUGGGGAUUUGGAACAUGUUUUUGCUGAGGAAGUGAAAAUGAUGGAGUAAGAUGAACAGGUGUAUUCCCCUUGCAUUGCCCUUAUACUUACUUUUUGUGUCUGGAAUUACAGACUUAUUGGCUGUAACAGUUAUUUUUGUUGUUAAUUUUAAGAAAUAGACAGAUGUCUCAUAGCCUAAGGAAUUCGUUAAGCUUCUGAAUGCACCAAAAUGUCAAAGCUGUAUUUCUCAAGACCUCUCUGCUCUCAUUCCUAAGAGAUGCUCAUGGAUAUGAAGGGUUCCAUGGGCAAAUAAUUUGGGGACUUUGCAAAGCUGCCUUUUGGCAUAUUAAAGGCUCUAAGAAUUUCUUCUAAUCCAGUUUAAGUGUAUCCUUAUCCAAAGAUGGAACCUGGUUUUUAAAUUAAAUCCUUAUUGAUACCUCAUUGAACAUACUUUUGAAAACAUUACAGUAGAGAAUGCUGCCUUGAUUUCUGGAUUGUCUUUUUCUCUAUUGACUUGACAUUGUAAACUGAUACCGUGAGCUCAGACAGAUACUGUAGCUCCCAUGGGUAAGUUAGAAUAUUUUAGAAACUGGCUUGACAAUCCUGGAAGUUGGCUGUGUUAAGAUAAAUUACUUAAUUAUAAAUAUUGUAAAGGUUACUUUUAAAUGAUUGCAUCUUUGGGGUUCAGCUAUUUGAAGUAUCUGAGUUUUUUAAACAGCUAUGAUAACUUCUUUCAAAGGAGCUUAAUCGUGGAUUAAAAGGCUGUAUAAUUUUUUUGUGUGAAUUUGGGACUGACUUGUAGAACCAAUAAAGCUGAAGGGUUAUUUCAGAACCUCUAGAGUCUGUGAAGGGGGUGAAAGUGACGUUGCAGACAUAAAUGCUGGCAGUGCAGCUUACCAUGAACGUAAGCCAGAAUUGUUUUACAGAAAAGUGAUCUAUAUUAUGUGAUCAUCAUUUAGCUUAAGAAAGGCCAGAUCUGAGAGACUAGCAAACGUUUUCUCAUCUGCACUGUAUCAGCAGUUCUUGGGCUUCAGCUGCUGAAUAGAUAAUAAUUCUAAUUGAAGAUAAAUUACAUGAACCCACAUGUGAAUGAUAAGUUAUAGCAUUUCACUCCUGGUACAUAAAAUUAGCUGCAGUUUUUUUUAAAUUAUUAGCCAUUUAUUUCAGAGGCUUUCGAAUUCCAGCUCUAUUCUUGCUGGUUUAAAUUCGACCUUGAGGUCGUAGAGGUCACAAAAAUUUUUGAAGGGAUGUUGUAGGUUCUGCAUAUUUAGAACCUUUCCUUUGCGCCCACCCCAGUGUCCUUUGACUUGCUGUCUCUCAUUUCCACAAAUAAGUAUCAAAAAGUAUGUACAUACAGUUAUUUUAACUUGCUAGUGAUGAUUGGUAAGCCUCAUAAUUGACCUUAGUUAUCCUCACCCUGUGGUGGAGGGGCAACGGAUGAUAUCUUGUACAAUCAGUGACUAAGAUGACCUCUUCUAUCUUUGUGAUCUGAUUGCCCUUUUUAAGGCUAUAAGGUAGAAUUUUCGAGUUUGAUUUUUAAAGUCACUGGGCUGUUGUAGUUUGCCCAGAAAAGAAAAUUGAGUAACACGAAACGUUCUUUAGGUCACUACACCCAACGUGUUACUUACACACACAGCAAGGUAAGGUAUUUUAAAUCCAGUUCUCAGUUUGGGUCUUAUGAUCUCUGCUGAUGGAUUCCCCCUCUAUCAGGGAAUGAUCUGUGAUACUAGCCUUAGGAACUGUGUUCAACUAUAAAUCUUUUUAUUUAGCUUUUUGUGUUGACUAAAGUUAUAGAAUAUGAAUAAUUGAAUACAGUUAUAUUCAGCCAAUAGGCACUUGAUACACAGAAUGGUACCUUUAAAUAUAAAUUAUGUGUUUCCUAGUAUUUUGCCCUAGCAUGUACCUGUAUUGUGGUUCUGUUUCUUUAACCACCAUACUAAGAACUAUCACUGAGGCCCAAGCUACAUGAUGUGCUUUUAUCAUAGACUGUAUGGCUAGGGUAGGUGUUAGUAAAAUUAAACUUAAGCAAAGAUAAUUUUUAAACCAGUGAUAUUACUGCAAUAUUGAAUUAGUAGCUCAUCAUGAGUUAAGUUCUUGUGUUCUCUUCAUAGAGCAAAAAGCCAACAAUUGACAACAACGACAAACCCUGCUGAGUCCCAUUGGUAAUACACUCAGGGAAGACAUUUUGAAUACAUACACACUUGGUGCAUAUAAAAGUUGGGCUUUCUUUUGCCACUAAGUUCUGCUAAUUUCUGCCAGGCCCUUAAAUGGCUUUGUUAUGUUUUGCAUUUAUGAGUUGACCUUAUUUUGUAAUGAAGUUUGUGUACACAGAAGUUUGAUCAUUUCAGAAGUUUGAUACUCUGAAUAAUUUGAUAAAAACAACAGAAUAUGCUGUUAACAGUAAAAAAAAAA